AUGAGACCCAUCUUCUUCCCGCACGAAUUCUUUCGCCCCCGGGCCCCCGCCGCCGUCGCGCGUGACGACGAAGCCGAGGGCACGAAACCCAUCUUGGCGCCGCACGAGCUUUUUCACCACGAGGCUCCGGCCGCCGCCGCCGCCACCGUCGUGCGUGAUGAGGAGUCCGACGAGGAGCCCAUCGUAGGCAUCGUGGGGCUCGAGAUGUCCGACUUCCAGGUGAUCGGCGAGCUCGGCGGGGGCUUGUACAACGUGGUCUACAAGGCGCGGCUGCGCCGGUGCCCCCACGGCGGCGUGUUCGCGCUCAAGACCCCGUACUACGACCUCGGCGGGAGGGAGGAGGACGAGGCGGUGGCGGCGGUGCUCCGGCGCGUGGAGGGUCUGGAGCACGUCGUCCGGUGCCAUGCCAUGUUCCGCCGCAACGAGUCCCUGCGCGUCGCGGUGUUCGAGCACAUGAACGGCGGCUCGCUGGACCGCGCCCUGUCCCGCCGCGGCGGGCGCGGGCUGCCGGAGCCCGCCCUCGCCGAGGUGGCCGCGGCGUGCCUCGCCGCGCUGCGGGGCCUCCACUCCCGCGGCGUCGUCCACCUCCACCUCAACCCGUUCCACAUCCUCGCCGACGCCGACGGGAACAUCAAGAUCUGCGACUUCGACGACGCGAAAAUCAUCCCGCCGGGCCCCGGCUCGACCGUCUACUCCGGCAUCGGCUUCGGCUCGCCGGAGUACAUGAGCCCCGAGCGGUGCGCGCCCAUGGCCAUGGCCGGCGCGCGCGUCGCCCGCGCCGCCGACGUCUGGAGCCUGGGCAUCACCGUCCUGCAUCUCUACCAGGGAUACUGCCCCGCCCGGCCUCUCCCGUCGAAGAGGACGCUGGAGAGGCUCAGCUACGAGAUCAGCCACGGCGAGCCGCCGUCGGUGCCGGACGAGGACACGAGGGCGUCGAUCGAGCUGCGCGGGUUCGUGUCCGCGUGCCUGCAGAAGUGCGUGUGCACGCGCGCCACGGUGGCGGAGCUGCUCAACCACCCGUUCGUCGCCGAACGGGACGUCGCGGAGUCGCGCCGCGUGCUGAAGGAGGUCAUCGUGGCGACCAUGGACAAGGACGACUAUUAG